GUCACAUCCACAGUGGCAUAGCAGGGAGAGGCGUCCCACUCACCAUGAAGUACAGGACGCUGGUGAUGUACAUGGAGAUCGGCUGCUUCGUGUCGUGUCUCAGCGGCUGGAUCCUGGUGUGCUCCACUCUUCCCACGGAGUACUGGACCUUCUCCGAGGUGGGCAGCGUGGUGAUGACCACCUCCAACUACUACUCCAACCUGUGGAGGGACUGCAUCUCGGACACCACGGGGGUGUCGGACUGCAAAGACUACCCCUCCAUGCUGGCCCUGCCUGUUUUCCUGCACGCCUGCAGAGCGCUGGCGGUCUGCGCCGUCAUCACCGGCUUCUUCGGAGGCGUCCUCACUCUGGUCGGCAUGAAGUGCACGAAAAUAGGCGGAUCGGAGGUUGCAAACGCCAGAGUGACCUUCGCGGGCGGAAUUACUUACCUAGUUUCAGGGUUCUGUGGUUUGAUCACAUAUUCCUGGUGGGCCAACAAAGUCAUCACAGAGUUUGUGGACCCCAAUUUCCGAGCACAGAAAUUUGAGCUUGGAGCUGCACUUUUCGUCGGUUGGGGAGGCUCCAUCCUGUUGCUCUGCGGUGGGACGGUGCUGACUUACUUCUCCGGGAGAGAAGGUCUUCCUUCAGGUUCUUCAAAAAGGCCACGCAGGCCAGCCACUUAUGCCACAGCCAGGACCCGGAGGACCUACAUGCUGCCAAACACCUCUUCCAGGGUCACUCUGGGGCCACCGCUCUUCUACCAGGGCAGGAAGAGUCGGCCGAGCAGAGCGCCGACAAGAACGACCCGCACCUACAGCAGGGACGACUUUGUCUGAGCGAAAGGGACAUUUCAACUUUUUCAUUAAAAGACCUCACAAAGAUGGCGCCCAUCGUUUCUUGGUAAACAGCAUCGAAGCUGCUGAAUUGAACAAUGUGCUCUUUACUUAGGAACUUCUUUUUUUUUUACCGCCGAUACUGAUAGUGGCUAGAGUAGUGGCCAAUACUGAUAUGAUACAAUACCAGCAUAAUUCAUACAUAUUUUGUAAUGUGCAAUGUCAGAAAAAGGUUUGAUCAAAUAGAAAAAAAGGUGUGUACGAUUAACGCUAACCUAUUUAUUAUUAACUGUCUGGAACGCACUUAUGCUGUCUUCAAGUUAAAGUGGAGUGGCAAUUGUUUUUUUGUGGCACCUAAUGGCCGCGAUAGAAAUGAUGCGGACCUGUUUGUUA